GUCAGGAUUUGGCGACCUCACGCUUGCGCACUGUGGUCUUACGCUGAUGCAAGAAAUUUUGGGCGCAGCGGUGUGGGGCUGAUCGAGGAAGAAACAGAAGGCACAUUUUUGUCAGUGUUCAGCCCGCAAACAUGUCAGGAGACGAGAUGAUUUUUGAUCCCAACAUGACCAAGAAGAAAAAGAAGAAGAAGAAGCCCUUCAUGCUGGAUGAGGAUGGAGGAGAAGGGAUGGGAGGAGAAGAAGCUAAGGAGGUGGAGACCAAGGAGGCAGAACCUGAGGCUGGAGAUGACAAGGAGCUGGAUCUAGAUGAAGAUGAAGGCAGGAAGAGAGAACCAUCCGAUGAUUUGAACGACCUAAACUUCUUCAAUCAGAAGAAAAAGAAGAAGAAACCCAAGAAAGUGUUUGAUAAUGAUAUUGAGGAGGGAUUAAAGGAGCUGAAAAUCGAAGGGGAGCAGACGGAGGCGCUGGAGGAGGACAACCUGGAUCUGAUGCUCCUCACCAAAAAGAAGAAAUUAAAGAAAGUAGACUUUGAUGAGGGAGAGCCCACUGAGAAAGAUGACGCACUGGAGGACGAUGAUGGGAAGAACAAUGACGGAAUCUCUUUCAGCUCCUCCACAGGACCAGCCUGGGCUGGUUCAGAAAGAGACUACACUUACGAUGAGCUCCUGAACAGAGUCUUCAACAUCAUGCGGGAGAAGAACCCUGACAUGGUGGCCGGAGAAAAGAGGAAGUUUGUGAUGAAGCCUCCUCAGGUGGUCCGAGUGGGAACCAAGAAAACCUCCUUUGUCAACUUCACAGACAUCUGCAAACUGUUGCAUCGUCAGCCUAAACAUCUCCUCGCUUUUCUGUUGGCUGAGCUGGGAACGAGUGGCUCCAUAGAUGGAAAUAACCAGCUUGUGAUCAAAGGCAGAUUUCAACAGAAACAGAUAGAAAAUGUGUUGAGAAGAUAUAUCAAGGAAUAUGUGACGUGUCACACCUGCCGCUCUCCAGAGACCAUCCUGCAGAAGGACACUCGUCUCUAUUUCCUGCAGUGUGAGACGUGCCACUCCCGCUGUUCCGUUGCCAGCAUCAAGACCGGUUUCCAGGCCGUGACGGGCAAGAGGGCGCAGCUCCGCGCCAAAGCCAACUAAAGGCCAUUAAAACUGGGCUCCCCCUCUUCUCUCGGUCUGAUCUUUCCCCUCAGAAGGACCGAAGCUGGGGUCGGGCGUCCGCCUGAUUCGCUCAAAGGACUCUCUGAAUCGAACUGCGGGAGGGUUUGGCUGUCGUUUGGUUGUGUCAUGGCCUGACCCGACAGGGAGUUAGAGAGAGUAUCUAAAGAUGACAGAUAGGGUUCAGGCACCUGAUAAGCAACAGAUGUUUGACAUACACACCACUGGAUUUGAUUUGUUGUUUGGUUGAUGAACCCUCCAACUGUUAUUUUUUUUUUUUUUUUUCUGUUUCCCAUUUGCUGUGAUUCUUGAUUCCUCCAAGAAACCUUGAUUUAACACAGCUUGAAGGUUUUUUUUUCCUCUUCUCCCACUUUGCAUAAACCAGACAUUGAUAUUUCUUCAGAAUAGCCAAAUUGUAGAAAAGCUAAGUUCAUCUAUGGUAACAGAGCCUAGAAAUUGUUGACUUGGUCGCUUCUUUAUUCUUGAGCUCAGUUUGCUUCAGCUAAAGGUUGUGUUCAUGUUUCUGUUCUGGCCCUAAAUCACAAAACUGUCAGUCCAGAAUUUUUUACUCAAGCUUAUUAUAAAGAAAAAUCAGUCACCACGUGGGAGUACAUACAGGAACACAAGCCUGUGAGCCUGAGACGGACCUGCAGGAUGAGCAGGAGAUGACACGAAACCAGAAGACUUGGGGCUGAUUAAGGCGAGAGCAACUUUAAAGAGUACUUUAAUAAAGGAGGCUGUUUAUGAGACAACUUUGUGAGUGCUUUUGUGGCACCGGUGAGCAGUUUGUGUACUUAUUUGAUUAGACCGGCAAAUUUUAAAAACCAGUGGAGGUUUGAUCAGAAUAAUUUGAAAAUAAAAAUUUUGUUUUUACGAACUAAUGCCAGUUUGCUUAAAAAAAAAAAAAAAAAAGACAACUUCUGAGCAGG